CGCGACCCUUCCACCCCGAGCUCGUAGGGCCAAGGGAGAGGAGCGGAUUUCGUAAUGGCGAGCAGACUUUUCGUGCGCUCUUGUGCCGCAGCCUGCAGCGCUGUCCGGGUGGCCAGGGUCCGCAAAGCGCCUUGGCGCCCCAUGGGCACUCUGAAAGGGAUCCCGACAGAUGAGGAGCAGGCUACCGGGCUGGAGCGUCGCGCCAUCCAAGCGCUGGCCAAGGGGCAGGAUCCCUACAGCAUUCUGAAACCCAAAAGCUAUGCAGGAACCAAAGAUGACCCCCAUAUAGUGCCAUCCAUUAAUGACAAGAGGCUGGUGGGAUGCCUUUGUGAGGAGGACAACACGGCUAUUGUUUGGUUCUGGCUCCAUGAAGGAAAUGCCCAGCGCUGUCCAGCCUGUGGCUCCUACUACCAGCUAGUCCAUCAUGAACUCCCGCACUGAAGCAGGAAGGAGCUGCUGCCUCUUUCCCCUCACAUUGAUAAUACGGUGUGAAUUCUGAGAUGUGUAUGUAUUAAACUAAUAAACCUCACUUAACCUCAA